CAUUGUGCGGCUGUGAUUACUGCUUUCUGAGCCAGGUACCUCCCCCUUCUCCCUUUGUUUUAGUGUCAGGCAGGAGCCGAGUUUCCUGUUGAUACCGGAAUAUAGUGAAUAGGCAGGAAAACACCGCCGUCUUCGACUUCCUUCUUUCUUGCUCGGCUGUUGUUCGUCUCUCUUCCUCGCCCUUCUUUUCUCCCCGCUGCUCUUCUCUCCAGUCCCUGGAGUCUUUCUGGCAAAGCGGGAGAGAAAGCAGAAAGGCCUACUCAGAGUCGGACGCACAUUUUAAACUUCAGAAAGAGGCAGUGAGCGCGAAGGGGAGCAAGGGAAACAAGCAAGAAAGAAGCUGGAGCUCUCCGCAAGGAAACGCGUGAGCUGCAGGUGCAGAGAGGGAAAAAGAGUCGGGAUGAGGACGGCGGAUUCCUAAGAGCAUUUUUGUGCUCGCCGCCGAUGGCUGAAGCCUGGAGGCUGGAAGAUGACGAGGAAGAGCUGAAAGAGCUCGGAAGAAGGCACAGGAGAACCAACUUGAACCCAGCGAACGAUCGUACUGAAAGAAAUAAACCUGACCACCGCUCUUCAGGCCAAGGCCCCUUGUCUUCCAUUAAAGCAGCAAUCAAGAGGACUUCCCGUACUUCUGGCCAUAGUGAACAGCAAAGAGAGAGAAGACGCCCUGAAAUCACUAUAGUUGCUGCUGAGCCCCUUAGGCCAUCUUCCUGGUUUCCUGGUGGAAACCAUGUUUCUCAGCAAGGGCUAGUUUUCCCAUCAUCUCCCACCCCAGGUUCCUGGAGAACAAAUGAGCUUGUUCUGGCUGAGCCACCUUCAUAUGAACAGGUAAUCAAAGAGAUCAGUCAAGUUGGUACAACCAGUCAGAACAAUGCUGUUGGUACUGCUAAUUCCAGAUGUACUGCUACAUCAUCGACACAGACUGACUUUCCAGAGGAAAUCAUCAGCAGUUCGCCAGGAAUUAAUGUGAAAAGUAAUCUGCAUGCACUUUGUGAAUGUGAAACUGCUCCAGCUGUACAAAUUCCUCGCAAGCCACCUAGGCCAUUGUCUUCUCUGCUGAACAACAAUCCUUCCAAAAAUGAGAAUCUCCUAGUUGUCUUGGAAGAGCAGACAUGUCAGGAGAAGCCUAAUGCUGACAUAUGCCCGGUGCCAAAACCAAGAUCAAAAGGCAAUCUGAAACCUGUUGUUAAAGAAACUCAAAAUAACACAGAAGACAAUCAGGAAGAAACAAGCCAAUCAAGGGACUCCUCCUCAAUUCAGCUGGUAUCCCUGCUAGAUGAUAGCUUAUUGGAUAGUCAUGUGGUGAUAGACAGUAUGGAUACAGACAAGAGCCAAAGCAGUAUAGUAUCACGGAUCAAAGGUUUUGAAACACAAGCAAAUACAGAAACUUCAGGACUAGCAAAGAAGCCAGAAAUUUCUCCACAUUCGUUAGCCUCCAAGCCUGUAGUUAAUGUUAAAAAACCUGUGGUUGCUCCAAAGCCAGGAGUUACGAGAACUUCAGAUGAGUGUGAUUCCUGGACAGAAAACAAAUUCAAGGUUGUUUCCCAGGAAAGACAUCUUCAGCCUCAGGAAGCUGGGAGCAGCAUUACAACCAAGCCUGAACUGCCAAAGAAACCCAAACCAGACACUGUAAAAAGUAGUAGCAGUGGGCCACUUAAUACAGAUGACAGAUUGACUUCUGAUAACACCGAAGGACAGAAAAAAUCUCCCAUUCCUGCUCCUAGGCCUCUUGUACCCAAGAAGUCAGUCUCUUUUGAAAGUCCUGCAGUUCCUCUUCUUCCACUGCAACCAUCUGCUUCUGCUCCUAAACUCUCUGUAGCUGUCCAGUCAAAUGCAUUCAGGUCUCUGGGGGAGCCAACUGCAAGCAGCCUCUCAGCAGCUCCACAGCAGGGCGCACCAUCUAGGGAAGGAGAUCUGAUCAGCUUUGAUGAUGAUGUUUUGCCAAUUAACUCAGUUGGGGCUGUUCAAGACCUUACCCACUCAGAAUCAGAUCUUGUAAAUUUGCCCUCCAAAAAUGAACCUGUAAAAGAACAGUUAAGCCAACCAGCUGUAGUGAGGAAGCCUACUGUGAUCAGAAUCCCAUCAAAAGCAGCAAAAGCUUUAAAUGAAGUUUCAGGAAGUCCUCCGCCACUUCCUGUUGAGAAGCCUAUUGGGAACACAUGCAGUAUAUCAACUGGAAAGCCCAAUAAUAUCAAGACAUCAAAAAAGGAAUCUGAGUGUUCUGGUUUGACACAGUUAUCUAAGAAUGAACCUACAAUGCCCCCAAGGCCUGCUGAGGGGAAAAAUGUACCAGCUCGACCUCCUCCCCCUAAGGGUGCCCCAGGAAGGCCACCACCACCAAAGUGCACUAAGACCUCAUCACAAAUGGACAAUUUUUGUCGUUCAUCAUCUGACACAACCCUCAAUAAAAAGCACAGCAUGUUUGGAUUAGAAGUUAAGAGGACAAAGAGUCAGAUCAAUAAAAAUCAAGAUCCAGCAUUACCUCCUCGGCCUAAACCAGGUCAUCCUCUCUACAAUAAAUAUAUGCUUCCUGUGCCCCAUGGAAUUGCCAAGGAAGAUAUUUCUCCCCAAAAUACUGGAGGCCUUUCCUGCAAGCGUGGUGAUGUCCUUGUGCUUGUGGACCAUAUUGACAGCAAGUCCAUUGAAUGCCAAAGGGGAGAAGAAACUGGCAAAGUGAGGUUAUCCCAGGUACAGAUAGUAACACCAAUAGAUGAGAGUUCAAGAAACAAAGAGAAGGAUUCAGACAAUACACAGAAGUUCUCUGACACAAGUGUUCCUCAUGCGGUAGUACUGCAUGAUUUUCUAGCAGAACAUCCUGAUGAUUUGGGCCUAAGUUCUGGCGAGACUGUUUAUCUUCUGAAAAAACUAGAUGAUGAUUGGUACAGAGGAAAAUGCAAAAAUCACACAGGAAUCUUUCCUGCCAGCUUUGUCAAAAUUAUUGUUGAUAUUCCUGGAGAAAGUAACAGGAGAAAGGUACCAUUUUUAUCGCCAAGUGUUACAGGCCCAAGAUGUGUUGCUCGAUUUGAAUACAUUGGAGAUAAAAAUGACGAAUUAAGCUUUUCAGAAGGUGAAAUUAUUAUUUUAAAGAAAUAUGUCAAUGAAGAAUGGGCCAAAGGAGAACUGAGAGGUGCUUCUGGAAUUUUCCCCUUGAACUUUGUUGAAGUUCUUGAAGAUCUUCCAGUGCCAGAUGGUGGAGCAUCACUGAAGAAUAAGAACGGGAAUUGUGCAUCAGUGACACAGUUGGAACAGCAUUCAGGAGAGUGGUGUGAUGCACUCCAUGAUUUCACAGCAGAAACCAAUGAAGACUUAGCCUUUAAAAGGGGAGAUCACAUCUUGAUACUGGAGCACGUGGACUCAGAAUGGUACAGAGGGAGGCUAAAUGGGAAAGAAGGAAUUUUUCCUGCCAUUUUUGUACACAUUUGUUCAGAAGGACCAAAACCUGCACCUUGGAAGAGAAGAGGCCAGGCCCUGUAUGACUUCCAAGCACAGAAUGAAGAUGAACUCUCCUUCAAAGCUGGUGAUGUAAUAAUGGAACUAGAAUCUGAAGAGGAAGACUGGAUGAGUGGAGAAUUACAUGGCAAGUCUGGAAUAUUUCCUAAAAGUUUUGUCCAGAUUUUGCAGUAAUUCUAAAGCUGAAAUCCAAUUUUUAGGAGCCUGGCCACCCAAGUGAACAGUUGUCCAGCACAAAAGACUAUGAUAGUCCAGGCUGCAGAGUGUGACAUCUAUGAUUGCUAAAUCUAAACUUUUGACUAUCAAAUGCAUUUUUGCACUAUUUUUAUAAUCAUAUUCAAGAUUAUACAAAAUCCACUUCUAAUUAGCUUUUUUGAAGCCCCACUUAUGUAUUGUACCAAAUUCAGCUACUUGGAAUAAAAUAGGCCACCCAGUUUUUAACAGUCAAA